AUGGAGCCAGGAGUUUACACAAUAAAAUAUAAACUAGGAGAUCAUCAGUUUUUUGGGGGUAAGAGUAGUGCUGGCCAGGGUCUAAAAGAUCCCAAGCAAAAGGGGCAGACCAUCAGCAUCAGGCAAAGUGAAGAGGUGAUGUCAAGAGAACACUCAGUGGAGACUGAGAUGCAAGUUAGGGGAAUGGCGUUGUGGCCCCAUGAAUCAAACAAGAUGCACCUCAUUGCCAGAGAGGCUGCACUGGAUGAAAGCAUUGCUGAUCAACCAUCGAAAGACAAUGCUGAUCAGUUAAUAAAAGCCUCCUUGGUCUUCUAUUGCCAGGAAGGCUCAUUCCUGAGUGAGCAGAAACAAGUCAUUGAAAGAAAGGCUGUUAUUCCAGCUGGAAUGUUGUGGCCACAAAUGGCAUUUCAGCUUUUGAUCAAUGAAGCUUAUAGGGAAACUCUAACCCUGAAAUUAAUGCAAAGACUGCUUCAACCAAAGAAACUCUGGAUGGCUAUAAUUCCUGUGAAAGAGUAUGAGAACAUGAUGGAGAAGAUAUUCAUCCAUUGGUGUGAGGAUACUUUGUUUCCAAAUGCCACAGCUCAUAAAUUACUGAUGAUGUUGAUAUUUAUCUUAGUUUUCUGGGUCAUUUACUUGGCUUCAAAAGACCACACGAAGUUCUCGUUCAUCUUGAAAAGCUCUAUUACCCUGAAUCAAUGGAACAUCUUCAGAAUGUCUUUACCAUUAAAUCCAGGAGUUUCACCAGCAGAGACUGAGCUGAGAAUAAAGGGAAUCAUGGAGAAACUAAACCAGAUGAUCUCACCUAGACCUUUUACCCAUGUGAAUACUACCACCAGUGCCGCACACAGCAGAGCCACCAUCCUCAAACCUCAAGACACAUACUGCAGAGGGGAUCAGCUAGACAUCCUGUUGGAGGUGGACCACUUGGGACACAGGAAGAAAUAUGGUGGGGAUUUCCUGAAGGCCAGGGUGUCCUCCCCUGACCUGAAGGCAGGCACCACAGGAAAGGCGACAGACUUCGACAAUGGCACCUACCUUUUCAGCUUUACUCUGUUCAGGGAGGGCAGGUCACUCAUUCUCCUGCUCAUCCACCCCACUGAGAGGGUUUGGGCAAGGAACCAAGGCUAUGACAGAGUGGUCUUCAUAGACCAGUUUGCCAGUGGCACCUAGUGGAUUUUCUUUGAAUGUGGUCUGACCCUAAACUCAAGUGCUGGACUGUGCAAGUACCUGGGUGGAGACCAAAAAGCCUUCUACUGCAUGAGGCCUCUACAUGUUCCCUGUGAGGCCCUGAUCCAUGUGACCACCAGAAAUAAAAGAAUUUCUUAUCUUAGAAAGAACAGCCUUUUCCACAGGUCCAAUGUGGGAGUUGAAUUGAUGAAAAUCUUUACCUCCAUCGAGGUCUUAUCAUAUAACAGUAAUCAGAAUGUAGAAAAAAAAUGUCAGAUUGGAAUGAAGACACAUUUUCCCAGUGGUUAUACUGUAAAAAAAAAAAAAAGGUAGAUUAUCGCAUUUUGCAAACAGAUCGAGUUAAAUGAAACAAAAAAUAUAAAUGACUGCUUAAAGAGAAAACUUAUUUAUCUCAUGAGAGAUUCAACACUGCAUCAGUGGAUUAACUAUUUACAUAAAGUUCUGAAAACCUUAAGAUAUUUUGAUCACAGAACUGGCAUUUUUAAAAUAUAUGUGCUUGUGGAUGCUGAAAGACAUAUUUUUAUUCAGUGAGAAAAGCAUAGUCCUCCAUUUAUUACCACAAAUCUGUUCUCCAUGAAAGAUGAAAACUACAUCCCACAGGAAAUUGAUCAAGUAGCAGAAGACAGUGAUACAGCCAUUAUCAUUACCCUUGGCCAGCACUUUAGACCCUUGUCCAUCAGCAUUUUCAUCUGUAGGGCCAUCUGUGUUCAAAUGGCCAUUGAAUGUCUGUUCUUGCGAAGCCCAGAGACCAAGAUGAUCCUUAAAACCGAAAACACCAGGAAGACAUAUCUAAAUGCAGAGAUGUUUAGUGACUUUCAGGACCAUAUACAGAAUCUUAUUAUGAGAGAUAGUUUCAUGGAUCUUACUGUGGGUAUUAUUGAUGCGUGGGACACGACUAUUGCAUUUGGCACUGAUAACGCCCAUCCACCUGAAUAUGUGAUUGGUAAUCAGAUUAACAUGUUUUUAAACUAUAUUUGA